GCACAGGAGAAGCCAAACAAACCAUGGCGGCGCGCGGAAGCAGCCCACGCCGGCGCCUCCCUGCCGCUCCCCCUCCCCAUCUGACCUUGCUCCGCCGCCCGUUGACCUUGCUCCGCCGCGCUCCGCCUGUCUCCCUCCUCCGUCCGCCCGUCUCCCUCCUCCGCCCGGCCACCCGCCCGUCGCCCUACUCCGCCCGCCCGGUCGCCCGACCGUCUCCCUCCUCCGCCCGGCGCCGCCCGUCCGACCCUCUCCCUCCUCCGUCCGCCAAGGCCAGGAGCGUCGCUUCCGGACCGGCUCUUCCCCGCAUCCCCUGCAGUGAACCGGACCGGCUCUUCCCCGCAUCCCCUGCAGUGAACCGGACCGGCUCGUCCCGGCGCCUCCAGUUCUCACCGACGCCAGACCGGCUUGCCCACAUUGACCUCGACCUCGACAGGCUCUUCAACAAAAAGUUGAUUUGAUGGACGAAUUCAGAGUAGAAGUAGAUGUUCAAAAUGACUUGAAAUGAAGUCAGAAUGCCUGCUGAAAUGUAGCCCAAUUGUGCUGAAAUGAUGUAUAUUUUGCUGUCAAAGUGUGCUGAAAUGUUUUGGAAAUCUGUUGGUUUGUUGUGGAAGUGUGUUGAAAUGCUGUCAAAAUAUGCUGAAAUGCUGAUAAGUGUGCUCAUAUGCUCAUAAAGUGUGCUGAAAUGUUGUCCAAGUGUGUUGAAAUGCUGUCCAAAUGUGCUGAAUUAUUGUCAUACUUGCUACUAAGUUGUAAGUGUAACACGUGAAGAGGUAAGGGCACAUAUGUCCUUUUUGGAUGAUGUUAGACCCAGUUAA